AUGGAGAGGGUGCCGGGAGGAAGAGCUGCAGUGCAGGGCCGGCUGAGUCCCCGCCACCAUCCCCGCGACGGGGACAUUGUCCCACCUGGGCACCCCGGGGGCCGCACCUGCAGCCGAGGGCACCCACCGCGGGACCACCCCCUCUCAAAAAGCCGCUCCUGCCAAAAAUCAAAAAAUCCCGUCUCCUGGGAGGGGCUGGGAGGAUCCUGCGAGCUCUUCAUUCACCGGCUUUCAGGGCUCCUUUCUUCAUAUUGCAGCCGGCCCAACUUGAGACUCCGGAGAAGAAAUGAAAACCAAGCAAAAGUGUCUGCUCCUGGCUGCCCAUGUCCGUCUGUCUGUCCCCAUCUGCUCCGAUGGCAGCGUGCCCACACUGGCACUGCCUGGACUCUGCUCCCAGGACACAGGAACUCUGCAGCAGGGGGAUCACUGAGCCACACUUUAAACAGUGUCAACACCACCUCUGCAGCAGGACAACCUUCCUGCCAAGUGCUUAACUGUGCACUAAAUCCUAUGGACUUCAUUAGAAUGUGCCUGGAUUAUGUUUGCAGCAGAUUCAGCCUUGUGCAGCAGGCCAAGGAUGGUACAAUUUGGGCUGCCUGGCCAAACCACUGCACUCCACCUGGGUAAGGAGUGGGUAUCAUUGUCGGGAUGUCACCGCUUAUCCCGGAACGGCUGCUCCCAGGUGGGACGCUCUGAACCCUGUGCGAGCACCUGGAUGGAUCCUGGAAAUCCCUGGAGUACGGGAACGGCACCGCAGGACAGAGCCCGAAGUCAGCACUGUGAACUGCUCUGGGAAUAAAGGCGCUGCAUAAAUACACUGUUCUUUUAUUUAAAA